GCGGGCCGGCAUGGGCGAGAGCACCAGCCCCAUCAGCGUGAUCCUGGUCAGCUCGGGCAGCCGAGGCAACAAGCUGCUCUUCCGCUUCCCCUUCCAGCGCGGCGCCGAGCACCCCGCCGCGCAGGCCAAUAAACCAAGGAGUCGAUAUGCUGUCAGUAGCUCAGGUGACACCACAGAAGAUCAAGAUGGGGACUCCAGAGACCAAUGUCCUCUAACUGAUGAGCAAUUGGUUUCAGGGUUUUCGGAUGUCAUCCUGGCAACAAUUUUGGCUACCAAGUCUGAUAUGUGUGGCAAAAAGUUUGAACUGAAGAUUGAUAAUGUUCGCUUUGUCGGCCAUCCCACGUUGCUCCAGCAUGCCCUUGGGCAGGUAUCCAAAACUGAUCCCUCACCAAAGAGAGAGAUGCCCACUAUGAUUCUCUUCAAUGUGGUGUUUGCACUAAGGGCCAAUGCAGACCCCUCGGUGAUCAACUGCCUGCACAACCUCUCCCGCAGAAUCGCCAUCGUCCUGCAGCACGAGGAGCGUCGCUGCCAGUACCUGACCAGGGAGGCCAAGCUGAUCCUGGCUAUUCAGGAUGAAGUCUCUGCCAUGUCAGAAACCACAGAAGGUCCUCAGUCACCUUUUCAUCACAUCCUGCCCAAGUGCAAACUGGCCAGAGAUCUCAAAGAGACAUAUGACAGUCUCUGCACAACAGGGGUGGUCCGUUUACAUAUUAACAACUGGCUGGAAGUGAGUUUCUGCCUGCCUCAUAAAAUCCAUUACGUUGCCACAAACUUCAUACCCCCUGAAGCAAUUGAGAGAAGCCUGAAAUCUAUCAGGCCUUACCAUGCCUUAUUACUUUUAAAUGAUGAGAAGUCGUUGCUUAAUGAGCUCCCGUUGGACUGCUCUCCUGCCCUGGUGAGAGUAAUUAAAACUACCUCUGCUGUGAAGAAUUUGCAGCAGCUGGCUCAAGAUGCUGACUUGGCAUUGCUGCAGGUUUUCCAGCUUGCUGCACACCUUGUUUACUGGGGAAAAGCAAUUAUUAUUUAUCCUCUGUGUGAAAACAAUGUCUACAUGCUCUCUCCAAAUGCCAGCGUCUGUCUUUACUCUCCACUAGCAGAUGCAUUUUCCUGCCAGUUCCGGGGCCACAACCUGCCCUCCAUGCUCUCCAAGUUCUCCCUCCCUGUGUCACUCUCAGAGUUCAAGAAUCCACUCGCGCCGCCUGUGCAGGAGACUCAGCUCAUCCAGAUGGUGAUAUGGAUGCUCCAACACCGGCUUCUCAUCCAGCUUCACACUUAUGUCUGUCUGAUGGUGCCACCAAACGAGGAGGAGUUCCGAGCCCAAGAUGAAGACAUGCCCUUUACUGCCAGAGUUGGAGGCCGAAGUUUAAGCACCCCAAAUGCUCUCAGCUUUGGUUCCCCAACUAGCAGUGACGACAUGACUCUGACAAGCCCUAGCAUGGAUAAUUCCAGUGCUGAGUUGAUACCUGGUGGGGACUCACCCCUAAAUAAAAGGAUGACAGAGAAUCUCCUGGCAAGCUUGUUGGAACAUGAACGGGAAGCUAUCCUUAAUGUCCCUGCUGCCCAAAAUCCAGAAGAUCUUCGUAUGUUUGCAAGGCUGCUGCACUACUUCCGAGGCCGGCACCAUUUGGAGGAGAUCAUGUACAACGAGAACAUGCGGCGCUCCCAGCUCCUGAUGCUGUUUGACAAGUUCCGCAGCGUGCUGGUGGUCACCAGCCACGAGGACCCUGUCAUUUCAGUUUUUCAGUCUCUCUUAAAGUGACUCUGCUGGCAAAGGAAAAGAACCAGCUACACCCCCUACGCUGGUUUUCUGAAAGAUGCUUGAAAACGAAAGGAGGCUAUUUCGAUUCCUUCUUGCCAUGUGACACAGAAGAGCAAGUUCUCCCCAUCUGCUGCUGCCUGUGGUGGCAGCUGAGGCUGGUCUGUGCAAGGGCUCUGGGGCUGCUGCAGGACAGUUUGCAGUUGUUCAGCCUGGAUUCCUGCUGUGUCAUGUCCAUGGAAUGGGAGUUCACAGCCCUACUCUGCCCCUGCUCCCUCCCCAGAGCUUGUGAGACUCAACCAAGGAGACUGCCACUGCAGUGGUACCAUCAGCACUUCCCCUUUGGGUGGACACUGGUGCAUCACAAGUGCUUCGUCUGCUCCCCAGCAACAGGAUUGCAGGGCCACUUGGCCACCAGCACCGUGUGAGAGCAGCCUGUCCCCACAGCAGUGUACAUGGCCUCUGUUGGAGGGCAGUGGAGUUGGCCUGGCUUUUCAGGAAACGUCCCCGGGCUCCAAGGAAUUCUGUUUGAUCCCUGUUAUCUGGCAGCAGUGAGGAUGUAGGUAGGAAGGCCAAGUAUGGCCAGUAAACAGUUCUAUGAAUGAGAGUGACUUGCUCACUGUGUUGUUAGUGCUUGUUCUUUCCUCUCCCCAGUAUCCUUAACACUAGAUGUCCAUCAGAGCAUGGCUGUCACCAAGCAGCCUGUGUUUGUGUUUCCAGGUUUUGACUAGGGGUGGGGAGCUUGGCUUUUGAGCAGGAGUGAAAUUUUCUGGCAGAGAACCAGGCUGGGGACCUGGCCUGGGUUAAAGCUGUCCAGCUGGGAACCAAGGUGCCUUUACAUGGUUGUUUCCUGAUCUGGGUGAGGAGUGCUGCUCCAGCUGUGCCAGGGAUGGAAUGAGAGGUGACAGCCCUGUGUCUGGGGACAGCAGGAGCUUAUGCCAGCUCACCCCUGGCCUGUGUGAGGCCACUGUUCCCAAACCAGGGAAGUGGGGGGAGACCUUUACCUCCAUGUUGGUGUCUUCCAGGGGUAUGUGUUGUUAGAAGACUUUCCAGGCUCCUCUUUAAGACCUUCCCUUAUACCACACACACAAGCUGGAUUUUUUCCCAGAGUUGCAGGCUCUCACAGAGCAGCUUCACUUCCCACACAAAUGGGGUGAAACUGUGAGCUAUAUGCAACUUGUGUACCACCAGCAAGGCACAGUUGUGACAGGGGAGCCUGGUGUCCACAGUGCACCAGAUACUUGGUGACAGCUACUUGCACAUGGUCCCUUCUGGCAUCCCUGCAGCUGCAGGCAGGGAUGUUACUGAAGAGCAAAAGCAAUGCCUGACCUGAAAACCAGAUCAAUAUUCAGGACCCCUGUCCCAACCAGCCACCAGCACCUGUAUCUCGAAGUGAACUAUUGAGACUGGCAUAACAAGGGCUGUUCAGAAGGGGCCAAAUAAGAUUUUUUUCAUGUGAUGGAGAAAAGGGUUUUGAAAAAUUCUGGUUGUUUUCUUGCAUGUGAAUCCUAAGGUGAGGGUGGCAAGUGUCCCUGUCACCCUUCAGGCUGCCAGUGUGGCUACAGUCCUUUAGGCCCUGCCCCAAAUCCUAGAGGCUUCUCCCCCUGUAGCUCAUGGCAGGCUGCAGCAUUAGUGCUUUAUCUCUGUGCUGGGGUUCACACACUGCUAAGUCUCACAAGCAGCUGGGAAAGCAAACAAAAAGCAUUCUAAUUCUCUGAGCUGCAGGUUACAGACUGGCAUAGGUUGGAAGGGAUCUGUGGGGGUCUUUUAUCCAAACCUCUGCUCAAAGAAAAUGUGACCGGUCAGGUCACUCAGGAACUUCUCCAGUGGAGAUUUGAAUGUCUCCAAGGACAGAGAUCCCACAGCUUCUCCAAGCCCUUGUUCCAGUGUUUGAUCACCCCCAUGGUGAAAAUAUUUUCCAUACAGCUAAUGAGAAUUUCCUGUUUUCUGGCUUGUGCCCAUUGCCUCUCAUCCUGUCUAACAAAAGUCUGGCUCUGCCUUCUCUCCACCCUCCCACUAGGUGGUUGUAGACAACAGUAAGAUGCCUCCUUUACCUCCUCCAGGCUGAUCAAACCCAGCUCUCAUCCUUUCAGCCAGCCCUGCUGCCAGCCAGUCUUUUUGACUGUUCCCCUUCAGCCAGGCCAUGGCCCCUCCUGGGAGCAGCACAGCAGCUCAGAGCUGUGAACCUUCACUGCUUGUCCACCUUAAUUGAGCCUGGAUCUCUUCACAAGGGAGAAAGCGGUCUUCAACAUCCAAACCCCACCUCAGGUCUGGCUGGGAGACCCACACCAGUCUGCCCCAGAAAUAAAAUGCCACCUUGCCCCA